AUGUCAAAAAAAAAUAAGGAAAAUGACGAAAAUGCCCUGAUAGAUGAGAAUAGAAAAAAUAUUAAUUAUAGGGGUAGAAAUGUCAAUGACGUUUAUUAUAAAAAUAAAAAAUUGAACGAAAAAUUAAAAACUGAGCAAAAAUUAAUUACUGAUAAUAAUAGCAAAACAGGUGUGAUUAUUACCAAAAAAAAAUUAAUAAAACUUAAAAAUGAAGAAAAUGAGAACAUUAAGAAGGAUAAUAUCAUAUCAAAUGUAGAAUUAAAUGAGAGGGUUCUAAAUGACACCUCAUCGAAUGACACAGACUUAAGGGGAACUACACCAACCGAUGUAGCAUCAAAUGAAACGACACUAAACGAAAGCUAUAAAUUAGAACAAAGAAGAAAAGAAAUAAAAGAGAUAGCCAACUUAUGUAUAGAAAAGAAUUUGUCAGUAAACAGCGAAAAUAUACAAAUUGUCCGGAAAUUAAAAGAAAAACGAAUGCUAGAAGAUCAAAUAAAUAAAAAUGAGAAUAUUAAAAAUUUACAAGAAAAAAGAAGAAUUUUAGAAGAAAUUGAAUACCAUGAAUGGGCAGAUAGAGAAAAAAGAAUAAAAGAAUUACAAGAAAAAAAAAUGAAAUUAUUAAAAAAAGUUAUAGUAGAAAGGGAUACAGAAAAAGCAAAUAAAAUAUUUUAUGAAGUAGAAAAAAUUAUACAAAAUAGAGAUGAAAACAAAGAUAAAAUUAUAGAAAACUUUGAAAAGGAAAAAGCAAGAGACAUCAGAAAUUUGUUUAUAUUAAAAAAAAAUCAUAUGAAAACAGUAUAUAAUGAGAAAACAGAUAUAACUGAUGAUAUGAAUGAUUACACUUCUAACUACCAUAUAGGGUUGGAAAGAACUGGGAUUAUUCCAAAAAAAAUAGAUGAACGAACAUCAAACAAAAUUGACAAUUUAAUAAGUGUAAAUGAUAUAGAUGAAUUAAAUGCUACAUUUAACGAAUCUUUAAUCAGGGCAAAUGAAGAAAAGGAAUAUGACAAAUUUUUGAAAUAUGAAAAGAAAAAUAAUAAAAAAAUUAUUGACACAUUUUAUAGAUAUUUAAAUAAAGAAGAAAAAAAAUAUACUUCUGAUGAAUGUUUAAUAAGUGAUAAAACCAAAACACAGAAAAAACUGCAGUGUAUGAAAAUCAAUAUUCCCUCAAUAGAUAUAAAAAGUAAGGAGCAAGAAAUUUUUGAAAAAAAUAUAUUAUACUUACAAAAUGUGCUCAGAGGCAAAGCUAUAAAAAUGUUAAUGAAAGAUGGAAAAAAUGCUUAUAGUGAUUUAAUUGAAGAAUUAAAAGCCUAUGAAAAAAUAGAUUUGUAUAGUUUAAAUGAAAAAGAAUUACUUAAAAAUGAAAAUUUUGAAGAGAUCAAAGUUGAUUCUUAUAUAGAAAAUGUCCAAGGAAAAUAUAUUUCGGAAUUAUUAGAUUCAUUAUCUAAUGAAUUAGAAAAAUAUGAAGAAGAGAGAAAAAUUGCUGUGUUAGUCAAAUAUGCUGAAAGAGAAAGAAGGCUAAAAGAAUGUAAAGAAAAAGGAAAAAGACAAGCUGAAUUUUUAUUAAGAGAAAAAGAAGAUUAUUUAUUUAACGAAAUAAUGGGAUUAAAUAAUCAAACCGUUGAUUCUUAUUUAGAAGAUAUUUUGAGCAAAGCAAUAAAUGAUACCUCAAAAGAAGAAGCAUUAUUAAAAACUAAAAAAAAAGCUGAACAAUUAAAUGAAAUUUAUAACUCAUUAGACAAUAAGAAUGAUGAGAAUAAUAAGCUCAUAGUUAAAGAUUUAGUUGGAAAUUUUAUUAUUCCUUAUGUGGAUAAGCAGAGAGGAGCAGAAUUCGAUUUAUUAGAACAGAAAAAAAAUAACUGUGUCUCAAAUUUUGCAACUCAGCAUGUUUUUUCUAAAAUUAACGAGGCGUUUUAA